ACGGUCGGAACCAACUUGCGUGAGUUAAACGCCCAAGAUAAACGUGCCGCUUACGCCGCCGACAUCACUUACUCGGUUCACUCCGAGAUCGGAUUUGACUACCUACGCGACAACAUGGUCAAAUCAAUCGAGCAAAAGGUUCAGCGCGGUUUUCACUUUUGUCUAGUCGAUGAGGUGGACUCAAUUUUAAUCGACGAAGCUCGCACGCCUUUAAUCAUUACCGGCGGACAAACAACUAAUUCCGAGCAGUAUAACGCGGCUAACGCUUUUGUUAACACGCUGGUAGAAAAGGAUUACGAAAUCGAUUGGGAAUCAAAAACGAUCCAACUUUCGGACCACGGCGCUAACAAAGCGAACCGCUUUUUCGCCGUUAAAAACAUUUACGACAUUCAAAGUUCCGAAGUGAUUCACCGCGUGCAUAACGCUCUAAGAGCCAAAUUUUUGAUGAAACGCGACGUCGAAUACAUCGUGAGUGAAAACAAAAUUUUGCUCGUUGAUGCUUUUACCGGUCGUAUCAUGGAAGGUCGUUCGUAUUCCGACGGACUUCAGCAGGCCAUCCAAGCUAAAGAAGGGGUUGAGAUUGAACCCGAAACAACCACUUUGGCUACGAUCACCUACCAAAACUUGUUCAGAAUGUUUAAGAAACUUUCGGGCAUGACCGGAACCGCUAAAACCGAGGAAGACGAGUUUAUUGACAUUUACAACAUGCGCGUACAUGAAAUACCGACCAAUAAACCGAUGAUUAGGGUCGAUCACCCCGACGUUAUCUACGUGGAUCAGCAGUACAAAUACCAGGCGAUCGUGAAUGACAUUGCGGCUCGCUUUGCCAAGGGCCAACCCGUUUUAGUCGGAACCGAAGAGGUUUAUGAAUCGGAAAAACUGUCCCGCAUGCUCAAAGCUGAGAAAAUUCCCCACACCGUUUUAAACGCUAAGCAAAAUCAACAAGAGGCGGAAAUCAUCGCUAAGGCCGGCGAAAUUAAUUCCAUCACGAUUGCGACUAACAUGGCUGGUCGAGGAACCGACAUUAAGCCUAGCGAACGGGCAGUUGAGUUAGGCGGUUUGUAUGUGCUGGGAACUAACAAAGCCGAAGCACGUCGCAUUGAUAACCAGUUGCGUGGGCGCUCGGGUCGCCAGGGCGAUAUCGGCGAAUCACGUUUUUACAUUUCGCUUGAUGACAAGUUGAUCAAACGUUUUUCCAACCAGGAAAAACUAAAGAAACACUUCCUGUCCUACGGACCAAAGCCGAUCAGCGGUAAACUGAUUAACCGUUACAUUAACCGUGCUCAGCGAAAAAUUGAAGGCUUUAACUUUGAUACGCGUAAAAACUUGCUUCAGUACGACGACGUGGUCCGUCAGCAACGCGAUUUAAUUUACGCCCAACGUGAUCUAAUCAUUUCCCAAACUGAUCUUUACCCGGUGAUCGUGCGCAUGAUUAAAUCGGUCGUGAAUGAUUUGGUCGAAUUUCCCCAGUUUUUCCGCAACGAUGGUUCAAUGGACUUGGACAAAAUGGUUGCCACCAUCAACCACGUUUGGUUUCAACUAGUUGAUUUUAAGUUCCACGUUAACCAACUGGUUGACUUUAGCAAAGAGGAAUUAAUCGAGCAAAUUAGUAAGGACGCGAUUGAGGUUUACGACGUAUUGCGCUCGCGGGUGGUUGACAAUGUUAACGAAGAAAGUGCCCACCAAAUGGAACGUGAAAUUUUGUUGAUGACUUUUGACCAAAACUGGCAACUCCACAUUGACCAAAUGACUAAGUUAAGAUCAUCAUCUUCGCUAGCCCACUACGCUCAGAAAAACCCGUACCAAGUUUACGUGGAACGCGGCACCGAAUUAUUCCGUGACUUACUAAAACGCAUCUCGCACAACGUGGUGCGAAUCUUAAUGCAAAACAAAUACGCGCAGCAAAAAGUUAACACCCGCGAAGCUGAAAUCAGCGCUUUGCUGAAGAAAAUGGAAAGUAAAGCCGACGCCAAAAAAUCGAAGUAA